AGUCCCGUCCGGCCAAAUGGCGAAUCUCCUCUCCUCGCGACGGCCGCCUCCAGGUCGGACGCUGGCUUUGCUUUGGACAGCCCACAAUUACCCACCUCGCUCGUCCAAAGCAUCCAACCUCCUGCUCCUCCUCCUCCUCCUCCUUGUAGUUGCAGACUUGCAGUGGCCCGCCCAGCUAGCCAGGACCAGGACUACUCCAGUAUAUAAACAUCCCACCACAACCCAUCACACCAAAGCGCAAGGUGUGGUGGUGCUACUGCUCGCCCGCAUCCCAAAUUCCAAUUGCGUCCACUCGGAGUCGGAAACAACAACCGGACAGACCACACGCCACCGCCAAGCCAUUCUUGCGGCGCUGCAAGAAUGGGCGUCGGGGAGUGGACGCGCGGGCCGGCGAUCGGCAGGGGCUCCUCUGCCACGGUGUCGAUCGCCGUCGACCGCCGGACGGGCGGCGUGAUCGCGGUCAAGUCCGUGGGCGCCGACCGGGCCGCCGAGCUCCGGCGCGAGCAGGGCAUCCUCCGCGGCCUCACCUCGCCGUACGUCGUGCGCUGCCUGGAGGCCGAGGUCUCCGCGUCCGUGGACGGCGGCCUUGACAUGCUCAUGGAGUACGCGCCCGGCGGGUCGUUGGCCGACGAGAUCAGGCGGUGCGGCGGCCGGUGCGCCGAGGCCCUCGUCCGGUCGCGCGCGCGCGACAUCCUGCUCGGGCUGGCCCACGUGCACGCCGCCGGCGUCGCGCACUGCGACGUCAAGGGCCGCAACGUGCUCAUCGGCUCCGACGGCCGCGCCCUGAUCGCCGACUUCGGCUGCGCGCGCCGGACGGGCAUUGCCGGCGAGGAGCGGCAGCGGCCGACGGGCGGCACGCCGAUGUUCAUGGCGCCCGAGGCCGCGCGGGGCGAGGAGCAGGGCCCGGCCGCGGACAUAUGGGCGGUCGGAUGCACCGUCAUCGAGAUGGCCACCGGCGCCGCCCCCUGGCAGCGGUUCGCUAGCCCCGUCGCGACGCUGCACCACGUGGCGUUCUCGGGCGAGGCGCCGGAGUUCCCCGCGUGCCUGUCGGACCAGGGCAAGGACUUCCUGGCGAGGUGUCUGCAGCAGGACCCCAGGGAGCGGUGGACGGCAGAGCAGCUGCUGGAGCACGAAUUCGUGGCCGCCGGCGGCACCGCCUCGUCGUCCAAUUCCGUGCCAGGAGUCAGCGAGAAGGCCACGUUCGUUUCCCCGAAGAGCGUCCUCGACCAGGCCCUGUGGGACGACGACGACACGACGGCGGACACCACCGAUCCUACGGACAGGGUGCGCGCGCUGGCCGCGGGCGCUCCGGCCGUGCCUGACUGGACCUGGGACGCGAGCUGGAUCACGGUCCAUGCCGGCCCCAGCGGCGGCGCCGAUGAAGAGCCCGCAAUGCCGUCAGAGCCGGAGGCGAGCACGGACACCGACAGCGACGAUUCACCCGUGGGCGACGGCGGCUCCGCCGGGCGUGCGGCCGCGGCGGAGGUGGGGGCAUCGAGCAGCCACCAGGCCUCGCAUGCCAAUAGCGAUCGUUACGAUGGCACGGGCAGCUGUAAUGUCGAGCGCAGUGAUGAUGGUAAUCACGUGGUUAGCGACGAUUGUAGUACCGUUCCAAUCACAAGCAAUGGAUUCUUUUCCGAUACUACGUCCUGUUUUGCUUGUCCCAGUCGCAGCCAAGCUGGCCGGACCGGCCCGUUUACAGUACUACUGUACCACAUUUCUUCCCCCCGCUGUUGUUCUUCCUGUCAUUUGCUUCUCGCCUCGCCAUUAUUAGCAGGAGUGAGUGGUACUCGAAGUCCAACUUAA